AAAAUACAGUCUGCUACUGCUUGUUCUUACUAUCCGGUCCAGAAGCAAAGCAGGAUCUCUCUCAUGCAAUUGCUGGCCGGUUAAACUAGUUCACUGCUAUCUUAUCGCUGGACUGAUAAGCACCGUUCUCCCCCUGCCUCCUUAUCUGCCCACAUCUUGCUCUCAAAGACGUCAGAGGUGGCAUCAAACUCCCAACCGCCAUCUCUUCAACUCUACACCUUCGUCAAGUGGUCCGACGAAGCUGUCUGCCGUAUAGCACACGAACCAGGGCCCAAUAGCUUUCUGGCCACAUCGUUCACUUCAGAGACCUCCCCAGAGCUACCCGGUGGCCUAUCGACAAGAAGCAAAUCAUUCUUUUGCUAAGAAGAAAAAAAGAAAAGAGUUGAACGAUCCAAGGGCCCGAAGGUACUAAUUUUGAGUGCAUUCAGUUAAUAGUCCUUUCUAAUUUUGAGCCAAUCCCCGCUUUAUUGAACCAGCGUUACAUACCCCUGGCCUUAUUCAAGCCAACUUCCCUAAGACUCCCGGAAUCAUCGUCCUCGGGGUCCUCUUGAAACCUUCAGCCACCUCGCGUACUUUACUACUACUAAAACACAGCAAAGCCUAGCUAGUUUGCCUUCAUAACCCUUCCUAUUCUUGCACCAACGAACCCUGGUCGAGGGCUUGAUUGCGUGGGAAGGUAGGAGAGGCGCUAUCGUGAUGGGACUCGCGUACAACACCUACAUUAAUUCCACCAAAAUAUUUGGGUGCAAAAACUGCAAGACCCAUCUUGCCGACUAUCAUGAUAUCAUAAGUCGGAACUUCCGCGGCCAACAUGGCAAAGCGUACCUUUUCAACGGCGUCGUCAACGUCACUGAAGCCGAAGCUGUGGAACGGAGCAUGACAACCGGCCGGCACAUCGUUCGAGACAUAGUUUGCAGACAGUGCAAGGAGACAGUGGGCUGGAAGUACGAUAAAGCCUACGAAAACUCCGAGAAAUACAAGGAAGGAAAGUUCAUUCUCGAAGCAGAGCUCCUCUGUGUGGUGUAUUAGACAAGGUCAGGAUUUUUUUGCACCACUUUACGCAUGUCCGUUUCACGCGAUCAAUUUAGACGUCCGACACACGCAAAUCUCAGCGCACCACAUGGCAGAACACUGGGUUUUUCUCUUUUGACUUGUUUCCAAUCUUCGGAAGGCGUUCCUUCGGGGUUUAAGGAUGAUGGCGGGUCAGGUGCUUUUGGUGUUCCAUAUACUGCCUCAUUUCAUCUGGCUUCCUUGCAUUUCAUAUCUAAAUCGGCACAGUUUUACAUUGGAAAACGGGAGAGGGGACCACCGCUGGAAACCUUGAUCUUCCGGGCCUUGUCCUACUUCAGAAUGGGUCUAUGCAAUUCGGAGUUGUAUUUUAACGGCUUCCCCCGUCAAAGGCGGCCCUCAAAAUCGGCCGCGACACUCCAUGCAUAAUACAAAGGGCACUUCAUC